UAUGCUAGAGUUUGUGUACUAUCCUCUUCUUCUUUAAUCUGUGGAUAAGAAUCGUUAAAAAGUGACCUUUUGCGUCCUUAAAACGUCAGUUUGUUGCAAACUGUUGGAUAGUUUAAUUCGUUCUGUCGUCGAUUUUCUGUUCACAACAGUCUAUUUGGAUUCUCGUUUCCGUUUACCAAAUACACGAAACAAAAGCCUACCAAAAUGGUUUGGAUCACCGCUGACGAUCAGAUGGCUGGCAAGCCAAACACCCAAGCGUUAUACGCUCAAAGUCAAUUGGAUCACAUGUGUGCCCUGGACAUUGACAGUCGAGUAUCCUUCGUUCGUUUAUCUGGUAUCAUUUGUACAAUUGGUCCUGCAAGCAGAUCCGUGGAGACCUUAGAGAAAAUGAUUGAGACAGGGAUGAACAUUGCUCGAUUAAAUUUCUCUCACGGAUCCCAUGAGUAUCAUGCUGAAACCAUCGCCAAUGUUCGCCAAGCGCAGAAGAAUUUAACUACCCGUGCUGGUAUUAACAUCCCUGUUGCUGUUGCUCUCGAUACAAAGGGUCCUGAAAUUCGUACUGGUCUUUUGGAAGGCGGUGGUUCAGCGGAAGUUGAAUUAGUUAAAGGUCAGACCUUUAAACUAUCUACUGACAAGGCAUACAUGGAAAAAGGAAAUAAUCAAGUUAUCUAUGUUGACUACGAAAAUAUUUCAAAAGUGUUGAAGACAGGGAAUCGCGUAUUCGUGGACGAUGGUUUAAUUUCUUUAAUUGUUAAUGCUGUUGGCCCCAAUUUAAUUUCAACAACUGUUGAAAAUGGUGGUAUGCUGGGCUCCCGCAAAGGUGUUAAUUUACCAGGAGUACCAGUGGAUCUUCCAGCAGUGUCGGAAAAAGAUAAAUCUGAUCUUCAAUUUGGUGUUGAACAAGAAGUCGACAUGAUAUUUGCUUCUUUCAUCAGAAAUGCUGCUGCAUUAACUGAAAUCCGUGCUAUUCUUGGUGAUAAGGGUAAAAACAUCAAAAUUAUAUCGAAGAUCGAGAACCAACAGGGCAUGACAAAUCUUGAUGAAAUUAUCGAUGCAUCCGAUGGUAUCAUGGUAGCACGUGGUGACUUGGGAAUAGAAAUACCGCCACAGAAGGUAUUCCUGGCACAGAAGUCUAUGAUUAGCCGGUGCAACAAAGUUGGCAAACCAGUAAUUUGCGCCACGCAAAUGCUAGAGUCUAUGGUGAAAAAACCACGUGCCACAAGGGCCGAAACUUCAGACGUUGCUAAUGCUAUUCUUGAUGGUGCUGAUUGUGUUAUGUUGUCAGGUGAAACAGCAAAAGGAGAUUAUCCUUUGGAAUGUGUUCGCACAAUGGCUAACAUUUGUAAGGAAGCAGAAGCUGCAAUUUGGCAAACUCAAAUCUUCCACGAUUUAUCGAACAAAGUUCUUCCACCUAUUGAUGCUACACAUGCUGUCGCUAUUGCCUCUGUAGAAGCAUCUGUUAAAUGUUUGGCCAGUGCUAUCAUUGUCAUUACAACAUCUGGCCGAUCUGCACAUUUAAUCGCGAAAUAUAGGCCUCGUUGUCCCAUUAUUGCAGUUACCAGAUUCCAUCAAGUUGCUCGACAAGCGCAUUUGUACCGUGGAAUAUUACCAUUGUACUAUGAAGGAGCACCAUUAGCCGAUUGGGUAAAGGAUGUGGACGUGCGUGUACAAUUCGGUUUAAAUUUUGGUAAAAGUCGUGGUUUUAUUAAAACUGGCGAUUCCGUAAUAGUUGUGACAGGAUGGCGGCAAGGCUCGGGCUUCACGAAUACACUUCGCAUUGUGACCGUCGACUAAACUCACAUUAUACUGAAAAGUUGUAGGAAACAUAGUUUUCGUGAAUAUAAUGCAAAGGAUUACCAAGUGAUACUUGAACUAUUUACAUUACCAUGUAGGUAACUGUAUAUGAUUAUUUUACGAGUUACAUUAAAUACAGUUGUGACACUAUCUUAAUAGUAAAUCCAGUAUUUAUUUAUUAAAAUACGAUACACAAAGAAAAUGUAUAAAUGUGUAUGCAUGCAGGCGUGCGCCCGAGCGCGCAUGUGUGUGUUGGCGACACGAACUUGUUACAAAAGUAAAUGGAAAGCAUCCAUUGUAAAUCUUAAAAAUUAACAAAACAAAUCAAUUCAAAUGUAUUUACUUUGUGCAAUACUAUUCAAUGACGCUUAAA